AUGGAAGUGUCAUAUCUACCAAAUAAUCAAUCAUCGCCCCCAUCGUAUCACGAGGCGACUGGUCAGCAAUUCCAGCAUGCAGCUCGGUAUCAUAUGUUAGCGGAAGUUACAGAUGUACUUCCUUCGGCACCUUUGGCUACAAAUGAAAAUCAUGCACCACCGCAGCGUACGAAACCGCGUUAUCAAGCGAUCAUUAUUACAGGAAUUAUAGUCGGCGGUUCGAUCUUAAUAGCUCUUAUAGUGUCGUUCACAUUGAUAUUUGGGGUGUUGAAGAAAAGUACUACCACCACCACUACAACAACCACUACAACAACCACUACGACUACAACUCAGAGGCCAAAAUGUUUCGAUGGCGAUACAACCGUAGUAAGAGAGGAUGGUUCACGGGUGAGAAUGCGUAAUUUGAAAGUGGGCGAUCAAGUAAUUGUGGCUUAUAAAACUUCGGAUAAUGGCAUCGAACUUCGAUCAAGUCCAAUUCUUGCGAUGGAUAUUUAUCAAAAAUACGACAAUGAUUCACCUGUUGAUUAUCUAGAAAUUCAAGUAGCAGCUAACAUCAGUAUUCCACCACUUCAUAUUACUCGAAGACAUUCAUUACUUGUAAGAAGAGAACAUGAUUCUGAAGUGAAGUAUCUAUUUGCAUCUCAAGUCAAUAUCGGCGAUCAUUUGUAUUUGUUGAAAAAUGACUAUCGAUCGGCUGUUCAGACCAAAAUUACUCAUAUAAAAGAUGUUACUCUUUUUGAUGCCUAUGCACCACUCACACUUGAAGGUAAUUUAGUUGUGAAUGAUGUUGUUGUCUCUUGCUAUGGAACAUUCACACAUUCAUUUGUUCAUUUGGCUAUGGCGCCUCGACGAUGGUUGCUUUAUGGGGCUUUGCAUACAACCUUAAUGGGACAAAAAUAUGUAGAAGAACAUUUCAAUUUAAUAAUUAAAUAUUUAAUGGCUAUUAACUUACUUUGA